GCAAGAUAAUGAUUGGAGGAGCAUAUAGUUUAGUAUUAGAAAUGCCAACUUUUGGUCGUUGGGAUGUUUUAGUAGAAAGUUGCACUUGCAAUGGAGUUUUUCAAUUUUUACAGGGAGGAGGUUGUUUUCGAAGGGAUAAUUUUUGGUUAAAUAAAAAUGAAUGGAGAAGUGAAACAAAUAAAUAUAUUGUUGUUCAUUUUGUAGCUCCCCAAACUUUGUUAAAAUUUGACUGUCAAACACUUGUAGUUAAAUGCUGUGGUUGUUGUGAUGUUUGA